GGCUUUAAGGCUACUGCUGCCAGCCGUCGGUUGAAUGGGUGUCGCGGGGAGGUGGCCGGGUGCCGGCGUCUGGGGGCUGUGGCGGUGGCCUCUGGAGCUGGUUCUCGGCUCCUAGGUUCGGUAUUUUUCCGGGGCUGGUAGAGUGGGGCGGCGCGGCCCGAGGGAGUCUCGCCUCGACGCCAGCCGUUCCCCACCCCUCCCCAGGCGGCGGCGCCGUUCCGGGGCGGCGACCGGGCCUGCGGCUGCACUUCGCCGGCUUCCCCUCCCUUUUCCCUCUGUGGGCCCGGCCUCCAGCGGAGUGCUUUCGAGAACCCGACUACCUACUCCCGCGUUGACCGUGUUAUGUUUGUCUAGCGCGCAGUUCACCAGGUGAUUUCAAAGAACCUUACUGAUGCAUUCGGGCGUAAAUUGCGUUGGUUAGUGGGCUCGGCCGCCUUGCACUUCCCCCGGGAGCGCUGAGGGUGGAUCUCUGAAACCGGAGGCCGUUUUGAACCUUGACUCUUACUAAAUCCUGUGUUCCAAACCCUUAAUCUUGGCUAUGUUACUAUCUUGAUGGCCUCUCUUUCUUGAUUGCUGCCUGGGACUGGUGGCCGCGGCUAGCAUUAUGCGAGUUUUGGCUAAUCCCUUAUUUUAUCAAGCUUUUCAGACUUUUGAGACUGAAAGGGAAAGACCCCUCUUAGGGUCUUUUAGGGAAAGACUCUAAAACUUGUGCUGAUGGUAUUGUGGAUUGGGACUUUACAAACUGAUGAUACGCUGGAAAAAUCAUAAGAAACUACCCUAAGAGACCCUAGAUUUCAGUUCACAAAUGUGGUGAUACACUUUUGGCUUGCGUUUAGCUGGUUGCCUCUUUUUGGCUCUGUAAUUGCUCUCUCCGCAGAGGCAGUGAAUGGAAGAUUCUCCCUAAGGUCAGCGUUUAAUUAAUUGCCUCGCUUUGGCUGCUACAGUAUUCCAGGCAUCGAUCCUUCUAUUAAAAUUGCCUGGAGGUUGCCAGAUCGUCAAACCUCGAUCUACCCAGGACAGCCAGGGAGGGAGUCACUAAAUUGAGAGGAGGGAGGCGCCCUGCGCAGUUUACUAUCUCGGUCCCCCGCGGCCCGAGGCGCGGGACCUAUCCGGUGACUAGAUUGGGCCUUGCCCCUGUCCAUCAUCGGAAAGGACUCCGCGGAGACUGUUUUGCGGUAAGAGUUGGAAACUGAGCACCGCCUAUGGAAAAGAGGGAGGUGAGGGUAAACGUUGUGUGUACUUCCCCAUUCAUUGGAUGGCUACUGUGUCAAUCAUACCCUGCCCAGUCUCGUUGGCUGGAAGGCCCCAGGCAGGUAGCGUGGACGCGGUGCUGCCCCUCCCGAGCUGCGAACCGGGCGCGUGACGUCUCAGACAUUUGUUGUUGGGGUUUGGACCUCAUUAAUUAUUCAUUAGGUACUUGAAAGGGCUCCAGUGAUUGGUGGCUGGGAGGCCUGGUCGAUUGUUUCUUAGCUAGAGAUACGUGUCACCCUCUACGCGGCUGGAGAAGUUUCGCAUAAAUUAUCCGAUGAGGGGCGGGGCGGGCCCCCCGCGCAUAGAUUAAGCAAAUAGGCCGAGGAGGGAGGGGAGGCCGGCUACGAAUUAGCCUAAGUUAUUAAAGAUGGCGGCUGAGCGGAGUCGCUCCCCGAUGGAGUCGCCGGUCCCGGCCUCUAUGUUCGCCCCCGAGCCCAGCUCCCCGGGGGCGGCCAGGGCCGCGGCGGCUGCCGCCCGGCUCCACAGCGGCUUCGAUUCGGACUGCAGCGAGGACGGCGAGGCGCUCAACGGCGAGCCGGAGCUGGACCUCACCAGCAAGCUGGUUCUAGUGAGCCCUACAUCAGAGCAGUAUGACAGCCUACUUCGGCAGAUGUGGGAGAGGAUGGACGAGGGAUGCGGAGAGACCAUAUAUGUCAUUGGGCAGGGAUCAGAUGGGACUGAGUAUGGGCUCAGUGAAGCCGACAUGGAGGCCUCCUACGCCACGGUGAAGAGUAUGGCGGAGCAGAUAGAGGCUGAUGUCAUCCUCCUGCGGGAACGUCAAGAGGCUGGGGGCCGUGUGCGUGAUUACCUGGUCCGGAAACGAGUAGGAGACAAUGACUUCCUGGAGGUCAGGGUAGCAGUAGUAGGCAACGUGGAUGCUGGCAAAAGCACACUUCUGGGGGUCCUGACACACGGGGAGCUGGACAAUGGCCGAGGCUUUGCCCGCCAGAAGCUCUUCCGCCACAAACACGAGAUUGAAUCCGGUCGCACCAGCAGCGUGGGCAACGACAUUCUGGGCUUUGACAGUGAAGGCAACGUGGUGAACAAGCCGGACAGCCACGGUGGCAGCCUGGAAUGGACAAAGAUUUGUGAGAAGUCCACUAAGGUGAUUACCUUCAUCGACUUGGCUGGCCACGAGAAAUACCUGAAGACCACAGUCUUUGGCAUGACGGGUCAUCUGCCGGACUUCUGCAUGCUCAUGGUGGGCAGCAAUGCUGGCAUCGUGGGGAUGACCAAGGAACAUCUGGGCUUGGCAUUGGCACUCAAUGUGCCUGUCUUUGUGGUGGUCACCAAGAUUGACAUGUGUCCUGCCAACAUCCUGCAAGAAACCCUGAAGCUGUUACAGCGCUUGCUGAAGUCUCCAGGCUGCCGGAAGAUCCCUGUGUUGGUACAGAGCAAGGACGAUGUGAUCGUUACGGCCUCCAACUUCAGCUCUGAGAGGAUGUGCCCGAUAUUCCAGAUCUCCAACGUUACAGGUGAGAACCUUGAUCUGCUGAAGAUGUUCCUCAACCUCCUCUCCCCCCGCACCAGCUACCGGGAGGAAGAGCCUGCCGAGUUUCAGAUCGAUGACACCUACUCUGUGCCGGGUGUGGGGACAGUGGUGUCGGGGACAACACUGAGAGGCCUGAUCAAGCUGAAUGACACACUGCUGCUUGGCCCAGAUCCCCUGGGUAACUUCCUGUCCAUUGCUGUCAAAUCAAUCCACCGCAAGCGCAUGCCUGUUAAGGAGGUGCGAGGGGGCCAGACAGCCUCCUUUGCACUGAAGAAGAUCAAGCGCUCGUCCAUCCGCAAGGGCAUGGUGAUGGUUUCCCCACGCUUGAAUCCCCAAGCAUCCUGGGAGUUUGAGGCCGAGAUCCUUGUCCUCCACCACCCCACCACGAUUAGCCCACGCUACCAGGCCAUGGUGCACUGUGGGAGCAUCAGGCAGACGGCCACCAUUCUGAGCAUGGACAAGGACUGUCUACGCACCGGGGACAAGGCCACUGUGCACUUCCGCUUCAUUAAGACCCCUGAGUACCUGCACAUAGACCAGCGGCUGGUGUUUCGAGAAGGCCGCACCAAGGCCGUGGGCACCAUCACCAAGCUCCUCCAGACCACCAACAACUCCCCGAUGAAUUCAAAGCCCCAGCAAAUUAAAAUGCAGUCAACAAAAAAGGGUCCCUUAACAAAACGAGAAGACGGAGGUCCCUCUGGAGGGCCGGCAGUAGGGGCGCCGCCACCUGGAGAUGAAGCUUGCUCUCUGGGGACUGUGCAGCCGGCUGUGUCCAGCAGUCUCCAGCCACAGCCCAAGCCCAGCAGCGGGGGCCGGCGACGGGGGGGCCAGCGGCACAAAGUGAAGUCCCAGGGGGCCUGUGUGACUCCUGCCAGCGGCUGCUGAAAUCUCCCUGGCCCACCCCCACCACCCAAGGGAUCCUUGUACUCGGGCCACUGUUCCACCACAUGGGCCAGAGCAGCUCUGACCACCACCCGCCCCCCCAGGCCACAGCUGGAGCCUCAUCAUUCCCCGCCCCCACCCCCAUUUUCCAGGGGGGUUGUAAUUUAUAAGCUGAGGAAGGUGGCCAGACUUCCGGAGGACUGACCAUCAUCCAGCUUCCCCGCCUUCUUCCUUAACUCAGAUUUUUUGUACAUCUGGGCCCUUAGUUUUUAUUCUUUUUAUUAUCUCUCUCUCUCUCUCUUUCUCUCUCUUUAGUGUGUGUGUAUGUGCGUGUGUGUGUGCGCGUGUCCCCGUGUGUGCGUGCAGAAGGAUGGUGGUGCGGAAGUGCAGCCGGUCAGGGCCCUGGCAGUCUUUCUCCUUUUUCCCUCUGUGGCUGGCCACCAGCCUCUAGGAGCUGGCUGCCUGCCCCUCUGUCCAUCCGUCUGUGUGUCUCUGUGACAACCUUUAGGGGCUUUCCGGAGCUAAAGAGCACCCUCCUCCCUGUGCUCACUCCUCUGCACCCAGGGCCCUCCACAAAGCCGGACUCAGGGCUUGGGGACUUCACAAGUUCUGCCAGAGCAGGGAGCCUUCCUUCUGGGACUGGGGGGCUUUUAACAGAAUGGAGAGUGCUGGCCUCCUUUUUCUCUCUUCUCCUUCCCCCUCUUCCAUCCCCAAACAGGUAAUGCCAAAAGCUCUUAAACUGUAGCCUCUAGAUGUGUGGAGGAGAGAGGCACUUGGAUUGUAGGACCCCUCCCUGCCCCUAACUCUGACCCUUGCCCUGACCCAAAGACAGCUGGUGGUUUUCCUUUCCCUAUGGAGACAAUCCUGUGUUUGCCUGGCCAGGCCAGGGCAACUCCCAUUGUGUUGAUUUUGAGCUGGAGGCUCUGGUCCUCGAACUUUAUAUGAUAGGAAUCUUCCUGGGCCUUGGGGCACUGAUGACCUGGACUGGGUUUGGCUUGUUCUGGGUCCCGCUCACCAGCACCUCUUACUGGUGGGGGUGUGAGGGGUUCCGCUGAGUCAGGCCAGGACUGGAACCCCUCCUUCCCCACUACAGCCCCGCCAUGUUGCCCCAUCAUGGCUGCUACAGGAGCACAACAGGGAAGGGCCUGAGCCCCGUUUGGGGUGUAAGAGGGCAGGUAGGGGUAGUGAAAAAGGUUCUUCCAGGCCCAGCGCAGAGCAUUAAAACCUCUGGAAGAUUUACUUCCUGGGGUGGGAUGGAGUGGGGAUCACUCAGGCCAGUGAGGGCGUUGUGGGGCCCAGACCAGCCUGGCCUGAACUGUCCAGAAGCCCUAGGUUUAGGGUGGACUGGUGGGUGGAGAUGUUCUUUCUAGCCAGGGCAGACACCAGCUGGCUGGGCCCUUCCUCAGCCUUGCCUCCCUCCCAUUCCUAACCCUUCUCCAUUCUUCCUGCUUCUGGACUGCUGGUCCCCUCACCUCCCCUCCUUCCAACUAUUUCCAGUUACCACUGACCCAUGGCCAUGGACUGACCAGACCAGCACAAAAAAUAAAAGUUUGUUUCAAGCUGA